AUGUCGACUUCGGUUCAAGUAGACUCCAAACAAUCUUCCAUAUCAGUAGCUGUUCGUAUUAGGCCUUUCACCGAUGAGGAAAAUCAACGUUUAAUUAAUUUCGAUUCAAACACUACAAAUAAUAAUGGUAUUAAUGCCUUAGAACUAUUUCAAAAUCAACCAAAUGGGAUCCGUAAUAUCUUGGAAUGUAUCGAUGAUAAAUUAUUAAUAUUUGAUCCACAACAUUUAAAUCCAUUAAAUAAGAUCUCAGAAAAUAUUUUAAAUUCAAUUUAUUCUUCAUCGCAAUUAUCAAGACGACAUUAUAGGAAAAAUGGAGGUGAAUUAAGAUUCAUCUUUGAUAAAUUAUUAGAUCAAAAUUCAACACAACAACAUGUUUUCCAAUCCACUACAGAACCAUUAUUAGAUUCAAUAUUGGAUGGAUAUAAUGGUACUGUGUUUGCAUAUGGAGCUACAGGAUGUGGUAAGACUUAUACUAUAUCGGGGACUCCCGAGAAUCCAGGGAUUAUAUUUUUAACAUUACAAUCACUUUUCAAUAAGAUUGAAAAUUUAAAGGACACAAAAGAAAUUUCCAUAAGUUUAUCAUAUUUAGAAAUUUACAAUGAAUCAAUUAAAGACCUCUUAGAUCCAACAAUAUCAUCCAAGAAACUUGUGAUACGUGAGGAUGCUAAUAAUAAGAUAAGUGUUUCUAAUUUAUCGACAUAUUCGCCUGCUACUAUUGAAGAAGUAAUGGAUCUGAUAAUCCAAGGGAAUUUAAAUAGAACUACAUCAUCUACACAUGCUAAUGAAACAUCAUCACGAUCUCAUGCAGUUUUACAAAUUCAUCUUACUCAACAAAAUAAAUUAAAUAAUGAUAUUAAUUCUACAGAACAAUUAUUUUCUACACUAUCAAUAAUUGAUUUAGCUGGUAGUGAAAGAGCUGCAUCGACUAAAAAUAGAGGCGAAACAUUAUUGGAAGGUGCAAAUAUUAAUAAAUCAUUACUAGCAUUGGGGAAUUGUAUCAAUGCACUUUGUAUAAACACUUCUUCACAUUCACAACAACAAAUUCAUAUUCCGUAUCGAGACUCUAAAUUAACAAGAUUAUUAAAAUUUUCCCUUGGUGGCAAUUGUAAAACAGUUAUGAUAGUUUGUGUAUCACCAAGUAGUAAACAUUAUGAUGAAACAUUAAAUACAUUAAAAUAUGCCAAUCGUGCCAAAGAGAUUAAAACCAAGAUUAUUAGGAACCAAUUAUCAUUAAACCGACAUAUUAGUUCAUAUUUGAAAAUGAUCACACAACAAAAGCAAGAAAUUGAAAAUUUAAGAAAAAAUCAAUUGACUAUUAUCAAUAAUCAUUUAUCCAAAAUAGAAAUCGAUCUUAAAAAAAUUGAAUUUGAAAUAGAUCAAAUAAUAUCGAAUUUAAAGAGGAAAAUAUUAGUUAAUCAUAGAUUUAAAAUAAUUAAAUUCGAAAAAUCUUUAAUACUUUGUAAAAGACGAUUUUUCAGUUUAAUUUUAAUUGAAUUACGUAUCUUACAAGAAAAACAGUUUGAAUAUGAGAUGAUAAAUCAAAUUAUAGAACAUUUCCAAUAUAAGAUUAAUCAAUUAGAAUUACAGUUUGAUUCCAAUGAUUAUAUUGAUCUUGUAUUUAAUAAUAUCAAGACAAUUGACAUCAAAAAAUUAAAACUUCUAAAUGGGUGGGAUGAAUAUAAACAUGAAAAAAUGUUAUUUAUUCGAUUAGAUCAAUUAUAUGAUUCUAUCAAAAAUGAAAUUAUAAUGAAUUCAAGUUUAUUAAUUGAUAAAUUGAUUAUGAACAAAUCAAUAAAUAACUUGACACAUAUUUUAACACAUUCUAAAUUGAUGAAUGAAGAAUCUCUAUUGGGUAUAGAAUCAGAGGGUAUUGAAACAAGAAUAACCAAUUUAAUUAAUGAAGCUGAACAUAGCUUUGAAGAAUUUAGUAAGCCUUUUUACCCCUUAAAUACUCUUGAAGAUGAAGAUGAUGAAAAUGAAGAAGAUGAAGAUGAUACACAGACCAACUUGAAACGAUUAUCAUUGAUAAAAGAAACUACUCCAAUAACUAAGAGUGAUAAAAAAUUCUAUUUGACAAACCGUGUUACUAAAUCAAUAACUCAGUCUCCAUCACCAACAUCCCUAGAUAAAGUAUUGAAAUUCAGUGCAGGGCCUUCAAAUAAUAAUACUUCACCUUCUGCAUACAAGAUAUUAAAUGAGAUUAAGCCGGUACAAACAGAUGCUCCAACACUUGAUGUUACCACAAAUCAGUUCUCCACCAAUAAGAAAGUUCGUUGGAUGGAUAUCAUGGAUCAAGAUGAUGUGGAUGUAAGCAUGCAAGAUGUAUCCACAGCAAAUGCUAUGCCAUCUGACACGAACCGUAAUCGGUCAUUAUUAACGCUGCAAUCCCUUCAUCCUGAGAAAUGA